CUCCUCCAAGGAGCUGGGUCCCUUCUCCAGCUCUGCCCUCUGCAGCACACACAGCUUGUCUUCUAGGCUCCUGCUGGAUCCACUCCACUGUGCUGUUCUUGGUGGUCAUUCCUUGGAACUGGCUUCUCCAAAAUGCCAGGGUCUUGUGUGGGGGGUGCUGAAUAGUGGAUGAGCCAAUAUAUGGGGACACAGUUGUGGUGGCUGCGGGGCUGGUUAGAGGCUACUAAAGUUCCUGUGGACUCAAGUAGAAUGUUGUAAGAACAUAAUAGAUGGUGGGGAGAAAGCCUAGGGUUGCUGUGAAGGCUUUGACGCCAUGUGUGUCGCUAAUAAUAUCUUCUGAGGGCCAUGAAUUUAUUGUAAAAAGAGAGCAUGCAUUUACACUGGGAACAAUAAAGGCCAUGUUGAGCGGACCAGGGAAGUUUGCUGAGAAUGAGGUCAAUUUUAGGGAGAUCCCUUUGCAUGUAUUUUACCUACAAGGUGGUUACACUAGGAGCUCCACCGAGAUUCCCGAAUUCCAGACUGCACCCGAAAUUGCAUUGGAACUGCUGAUGGCUGCGAACUUCCUAGAUUGUUAA